GUGACAGCUGUUGAACCAUGGCAUUCAACAAGAUUUGGUAUACCAUAGCCCUUGGACUUCUGCUGCCUUUUUCUUACGCCCAUACAGACUUCUUCACUUCCAUUGGUCAUAUGACAGACUUAAUUAAUACAGAAAAAGAUCUGGUAGUGUCACUGAAAGAUUACAUCAAGGCAGAAGAAAGCAAGCUGGAACAGAUCAAAAAAUGGGCAGAGAAAUUGGAUCAGCUGACAGACACGGCUACGAAAGACCCAGAGGGGUUUUUGGGACAUCCUGUAAAUGCAUUCAAGUUGAUGAAACGGCUUAACACAGAGUGGGGUGAGCUGGAGAGCCUGGUUCUGAAGGACAUGUCAGAUGGCUUUAUCUCCAACAUGACUAUCCAACGGCAGUUUUUCCCAAACGAUGAAGAUCAGACUGGUGCAGCAAAAGCACUUUUACGACUUCAAGACACGUAUAAUUUGGACACAGACACCCUCUCUCGAGGGAAUCUUCCAGGUGUGAAGCACAAAUCCUUUUUAACCGCUGAAGAUUGCUUUGAGCUGGGAAAGAUUGCCUACACUGAAGCUGACUACUACCACACCGAGCUCUGGAUGGAACAAGCUCUGAAACAGCUGGAUGAGGGAGAAGUGUCUUCUGCAGAUAAAGUCUACAUUCUGGACUACCUGAGUUACGCCGUGUAUCAGCAGGGAGAUCUGGGCAAAGCCAUGACGCUCACCAAACGCCUUCUGGAACUGGAUCCUGAACAUCAAAGAGCAAAUGGGAACAUGAAAUAUUUUGAAUAUAUCAUGGCUAAAGAAAAAGAAGCAAAUAAAUCCAGUACAGAUUCAGAAGACCAGAUGGAGAAGGAAACUGAGGUUAAGAAAAAGGAUUACCUGCCUGAGAGAAGGAAGUACGAAAUGCUGUGCCGUGGGGAGGGUCUCAAAAUGACUCCUCGGAGACAAAAAAGACUCUUCUGCCGCUACUACGACGGAAACAGAAAUCCUAGAUACAUUCUGGGCCCCGUCAAACAGGAAGAUGAGUGGGACAAACCUCGAAUUGUUCGCUUCCUUGACAUCAUCUCCGAUGAAGAGAUUGAAACUGUGAAAGAACUAGCAAAGCCGAGGCUGAGGCGAGCCACCAUUUCAAACCCCAUAACGGGAGCCUUGGAGACGGCACAUUACAGAAUUAGCAAAAGAGCAUUGCAUACCAUCCAGACCAAUCGGAACCCUUUCAAACACCUGUGGCUUGGCAAAAAAGCAGCCUACGAGGGCUUUAAUCUGGAAGUAACCGUCCGCUGUACCUUGCCUAGGGACUCUGUGAUAAAGUAUGAGGGCAGCCGUUGUCUGCGAAGUGCUGCUGCCGCCUCGGUGCG